GUACUAGAAACAGGAGCAAAGCCUACCUGGGCUGCAUUCAACAUCAAACUUGGAACGGAGUUUGUGAUGAAGGCCGCAGGGAUGGUCACAUAAAUAAAGGGUGAAAUGUUGCCGAGCAACGACAAAGGCACUAUGUCUCUUGUGUAUAAGGAAUCUUGCGGUGUGGUUUUGGGUAUCGCUCCAUGGAACGCACCCAUCAUUCUGGGCAUUCGCGCUUUCAUUACGCCCCUUAUUUGUGGCAAUAUCUGUAUUCUCAAAGCCUCUGAAUUGAGUGCCGAUACUCAAUACCUCAUCGUGGACUGUUUUCGUCAGGCAGGCCUUUCAGCUGGAGUUUUAAACUUUAUCUAUUGCCCUCGAGAAAGGGCCGGUCUGGUAACGGAGACAAUAGUCGCACAUCACGCUAUAGCGAGGGUCAACUUCACAGGUAGUACCGCGGUUGGUAGAAAAAUCGGGCAAAUUUGUGCUAUGUAUUUGAAGCCAGUUGUUUUGGAACUGGGUGGCAAAGCUCUAAUAAUCAUCCUGGAAGAUGCGAACUUGGAAGAAGCUGUCAAAGCAGCUGUGUUUGGUGCCAUGCAGCACCAGGGCCAGGUUUGUAUAUCUACUGAGUGAAUUAUUAUCCAUCGCUCUAUUGCAAAUAAGUUCAAGGAGCUGUUUAAAGCCAAGGUCGAUUCUCU